AUGGAGGGACCCAAAGAUGAUGCGCAGUCAAGGCGCAGUGGUCCUGUAGCUAUGUACGGGCUUAACUCUAAUCAGAGCAGUUCGAGCGUAUUUGAGGAUGUGGAGAUGGCACACGAUGAGUUAUUCUCUGGUCCUAUGGCAGAGAGCUUGCCUACAAGUCUCUCGGCUUUUUCCCAUCGUCGACAACGCGCAGAUUCGACAGCAAGCUUCGCGUACUACAAUGAAGAGGAGGACGAAGCAGAGCCUAGGUUUAUGUAUGGUGAAGAUGGCGCUGUGCCAUUUGAUAUCGACGAGAUGCCGCUUGACUUCGAAGAGGAAGAGGAAGAAAGUAGUUCAGGAGUCGAUCUCGAGAAUGGCGAUUCGUACGAUGAUUAUUCUAUGCGAAGGAGAUCUUCAACCCAAUCGAGGGGCUCUAUCCAUGCCAGACUUCUCCGAACAGAUAGUGGCGUUACGGAUGCUAGCGGUCGAGGGUACAGCCGAGUCAGCCAGAAACUACACAUGGUUAACGAGGAUCUUACCAUUGUGAUAGCUGGCUUUCGUACGAGUAGACCUGGCUACACUACAUAUGUUCUUCUGUGUGUUGUGACGUUGGGACUUGCAUACCUCCUUCUACGAUGGCUUCCCCGGUGGCAGGUGAAGUUAAUCGGCGAGCCAUGUCCUCUUCAUGAUAGCCAGUGGGUAGUACUUGAGAACCAAUGGGGUGAAAUGACUAUACUAGACGUGCAAACGCAGCCUUACAACCGUCCCCUUUCAACCGUGUUCGGUUCACCCGAAAAGAUUUUUGCCCAAUUGCUGGGAGAUGAUGAUGAUCCGUUAUUGCCCGAGCUCCGGGUCCUCAACUAUCGAUACGUACGCUUCUUCUACCAUCCAUUGAAGGGUAAAUUCGUUAUCUGCAACGGGUGGAAGGAUCCUACAUGGACUCGUGUACGAGCACUUCGGGCUGGCAUUGAUGGCGAGGAGAAAGACCACAGAGAACGCGUCUUUAAGACGAACCUCAUUGAUAUCGAUCAGAAGUCCAUUCCUCAAUUACUUGUAGAUGAAGUUUUCCACCCAUUUUACGUUUUUCAGAUCGCAAGUUUGAUCCUUUGGUCAUCAGAUGAGUACUACUAUUAUGCUAUCUGCAUCUUCUUUAUGUCUGCAGGUAGUAUAAUAGCAACCCUAAUGGAUACACGCGCUACAAUGCGACGUCUUCGCGAUAUCUCCCGCUUUGAGUGUGACGUACGAGUCCUUCGCAACGGUUUCUGGGCCCACGUUUCUUCAAGCGACCUGGUUCCUGGUGAUGUAUAUGAGAUUAGUGAUCCUAGUCUCACUCAGUUUCCUAGCGAUAGCUUGCUCUUAAGCGGAGAUUGCAUUGUCAAUGAGAGUAUGCUUACAGGCGAAUCUGUGCCGGUUUCUAAAAUUCCCGCUACCGACGAGACACUUCAGAUUAUGAAUCUUGGUGCCUCCACAAUCUCCCAUGACGCUGCUCGUCAUUUUCUCUUCUGCGGGACAAAAAUCAUCAGGGCAAGGAAGCCACAAGACAAUGGCGAUGAUGAAGCCGUUGCCCUCGCCAUGGUUGUGAGGACCGGCUUCAAUACAACCAAGGGUUCGCUCGUCCGCUCUAUGAUGUUCCCCAAACCGUCCGGAUUUAAAUUCUAUCGUGACUCUUUUCGAUACAUAUCUGUUAUGGGAUGUGUCGCGUUGCUUGGAUUCGUUGUAUCCUUUGUCAACUUCAUUCGCUUGGGGCUGGCUUGGCAUGUAAUACUUAUCAGAGCAUUAGACUUGAUUACCAUUGCUGUUCCGCCAGCCCUUCCAGCUACACUUACUAUAGGGACAAAUUUCGCUCUGGGUCGCCUUAAGAAGAAACAAAUAUUCUGUAUCAGCCCACAGAGAGUCAACGUGGGCGGGAAGCUGGAUAUCAUGUGCUUUGAUAAGACGGGUACGCUCACCGAAGAUGGCUUAGAUAUUCUUGGUGUUCAGCUAGCAUCUCAGUCAGCAAAGCGAUUUGACGACAUCGUCUCAAAAGCGUCAAAUUUGGUCCCUAGCACAAGUUUGAAUGCUGGUCCUGGGGAUAAAUAUGACAUAACUCGUGCUGCUUUGUUUACGAUGGCCACCUGCCACUCUCUUCGCUCCGUCGAUGGUGAACUUGUUGGUGAUCCGUUAGACGUCAAGAUGUUCGAGUUCACGGGCUGGACGUUCGAAGAGGGUAACCAAGGUGGUACCGAUCAGGAAGAUGAUGAGCAAGGAGGCUUCUCUCCUUCUGUUGCUCGCCCUCCUAUGGUUCCCCUUUAUGAUACAGAUGGAUAUGGGACUGCCGAAGGCCAAAAUGUACCAAUUGAACUCGGAGUAUUGAGAUCUUUUGAAUUCUCCCAAUUACGGAGGGCCAGCGUCAUCGUGCGGGCUUUCGGCCAGCAAAGCGGAAAUAUUUAUGUCAAGGGUGCACCUGAAUGUAUGCGGGAUAUAUGUCGACCGGAUAGCUUCCCGGAUGAUUAUGAUGAACUCCUAUCUUACUAUACUCACAAGGGAUAUCGAGUCAUUGCGUGCGCUACUAGACAUAUCAAAAAGCUGUCAUGGGUAAAAUCUCAGAAAAUGAAGCGCGAGGACGUUGAAGCCGAUCUUAAUUUUGUUGGCUUCAUCAUCUUCGAAAAUAAGCUAAAGCCCACGACAGCUGCAGUGCUUAAGGAACUCACAGAGUCAAAUAUCGGCUCGAUCAUGGUUACGGGCGACAACAUCUUGACGGCCAUCAGUGUCGCCCGAAACUGCGGACUUAUUGAGAAAGAUGUGCAUUGCUUCGUUCCUCAUUUUGCCGAAGGGAACUCUCGCGAUCCUAAUGCUCGUUUACAAUGGGAAAGCAUAGACGACCAAGCAUAUCAGUUGGACGACCGAACUCUACUGAUGCUUGUACGAGGCAAAGUCUUUGCACGUAUGUCUCCAGAUGAGAAACAUGAACUUGUAGAGAAACUUCAGAGCAUAGACUAUUGCGUUGGAUUCUGCGGUGAUGGAGCGAAUGAUUGCGGUGCCCUCAAAGCUGCCGAUGUUGGAAUAUCACUGUCUGAAGCGGAAGCAUCUGUUGCCGCCCCAUUCACGUCGAGGGUAUUUGAUAUUCGAUGUGUUCCCGACGUAAUUCGGGAGGGACGAGCUGCUCUAGUAACUAGUUUCAGUUGCUUCAAGUAUAUGAGCAUCUAUUCAGCUAUACAGUUCACUUCUGUCAGCUUCCUUUACGCCUCAGCUUCGAAUUUAGGAGACUUCCAGUUUCUCUUUAUCGAUGUUCUCCUUAUAUUGCCAAUUGCUAUAUUUAGUGAUGGGCUGGUCUGGCCCGUUCCCAGUUCUAAGCAAGAAGCGACCGACAGCGAAUCUAGUAUCAAGAAAGGUUCUCAUACCCUUAUUGUGUCAGAUGGCCGUCUGUAUACUUGUACAAACUGCCGCGUGGCUUAUCGUCCGGGAGCAAACUUGGUAUAUACCCCCUCAGGUAAAUCGAAACAAACCUCACAUCAAAAAUUCGGAGAACACAACUCUGUUCCUCGUGUCUUGCUCGAGUACAUAUUCAUUGGUGUGGUUCUUAAUGCUGGCCGACCAUUCCGACAGCCCAUGACUCAGAACUGGCCCUUCAUGGCCACUAUUGUUACGGCCCUAGCCAUUACUAUAUACAUGAUUUUUAUACCAGGCCACUGGAUCAGAAAUCUGAUGCAACUGACCAAGAUUAGUUCAUCGUUUAAGCUUACACUACUAGGAUUGGGCAUGGCAUAUCUAGUCGCAGCAUGGGUCGGGGAGCACUAUAUCUUCUCUGGCAUUGCUCGAGGAGUUGGUGUGGUGAAAACGGCCAUCACUAAAAAAGCGAAGAAGCGGAAGGAGUAUAAGAUCAUAUUGGAGCAGAUGAAGGCUUAA